AGCUAGUCAAACUAGUGAAGAAAAAGUAGAGAGAGUAGAAAAGAGUGUCACGUCGAUAUCUGAUAGGCUAGCAGAAGAAGAAGAAAAUCUGCUCAAAGAUCACCAAUCAAUCAAUAUCUCAUGAUUUACUUACAUAUGGGGUUUCAUGUAAGUUCCAAGAAAACAAGGGUCCGUUUUUCAUUUAAGUGAAAGGUUUGGGCAGUUAUUGCAAAUUAUCUAUUUUAAAUGUAUUUCUUCUUCCGUGUGACUUUUUUUUUUUUAAUUCCACCCACUCUCUCUCACACACUGGUCCCUCAAGUCCCCCACCUUCCUCCUUCAACACGCUUUCUCUCUCUAAAACCCCUUUCUUCACUCUAAAGUUCCAAACUUUCCUUCUGGUUUUCUCAUAUUAGGGCUUUUCUCAGCUCAUAGCGGCAGUAUGAGGCCAAUUUGUGAAACAUGUGGAAACCAAGGAUGGAAAGGACUGCUUGUGACUUGCUGUAAAUGCCGUAUAGCCUGUGAACACCGUUACUGCAUGGAUAAAGUUUCAUUUGAGGCCUCAGUAGAUUUUGUAUGUGCUGAUUGUUCGAAGAGGCCUGUUCAAAACAGAUUAUCUACAGCGUCCAUCAAAGCAGCACCCUCUAGGAUUCAAAAGGGCAAAGCGAGGGUUGAAUCUUCAAAUCCAGUUCCCAGAUGGAAAAAGAUUCCUGAAUCAUCGAAAAUGAGGUUAAUCUCACCGGAGGAAGUCAGAAAACUUUCAUCCAGUGGGGGCAAUAACUCAACUUUCAAAGUGCCAAAACCUGUUCCAGCUCGUUCUCCAACGGGUUUAACAAAGCUUGCUUGCUUUCCAAGAUCUAGGAGUCUGAGUUCUACAGUUGUGGCUCGCAAAACCAAUCACAUGCUCCUUCCUCCACCUAAAAGGGCUGAGUCUCCUAGGCCUUUGCAGAUUCGUUCAGGAGUCAUGCAACAAUCUUCUAAACGACAAGCAGUAGUAGAAGGGUCAAAACUGAAAGUUGGUGGUGGAGCUAAGGAUCUUGGUUCAAAAGAGAUAUGCCGAUCAAUCCUAUCAGAAAAGCUGUUGCAGUUACUUCCACAUCGACCAGCUUUGCCCCCUAUUUGGAAGGGACGUAUUGUAGAUUCUGCUACACCAUCAGAGUUUAACGGCGUGUUUUGGGCACAGCCGGCUUCUGUAAUCCGCAAGAAGGCUUACAAUCUUUCAAAGACGAUUCCUGUCGUACUCAAGGUCGAAUUGGUCCCAAUAGGCAGUCUUUUGAAUGAUUUGUUUGCCAACAGAAAGCCAGCGCUUUCAGAUGUCGAGAUGUACAUUUUCCCAGAUGAUAAGAACACAAUAAGGUUUAAGGAGGAACAUGCUUAUCUAUUUGAGACCAUGAAGAGACGCAAUGCUAUGAUCAGAAUCAACGUCAAGGACAAGCCGUUCCUGAUAUUCUCUUCGAAAGUGCUGGACAAGUCCUCUCAAAUUAUCAUUGAGAUGCAGAAGAAAACAAAGAACUUCCUUUGGGGGGUCUUUCUCGUGACGAAAAAGUCAUUAGCACUCGUUCCUGGAACUUCUAAUCAAGCUGCUCAACGUUUUGAUGCUGGAGAUGUGGUUGACAAUACCGCUAAACGUCAGUACAGGAGGGAGAGAGUUUGAUCGAUGCAUCUUAUCUCAAGAAAAUUGGUAAUUACUAAUAGCUUUGUUUGCUACUGUCUGAAUGUGUGUUCUUGUUUGUUGUAAUAAGAAGUAAUAAAGUCAGGCCUUGUUGUUGUUACUUUCACCUCAAUGAUAGUUUUAAUGUAGAUUUUGUGAGUACUGAAACUGUUCUGUUGUUUACUCCAUUAACACAGUAGUACCAUAACAGGCAAUUUCUUUAAAGCAAACAAAUAAGUACCAUUACUGGUAUAUUUAUUAGCAAUACUUUAGGGCUUCUCUUUACAAUAUAUAUCAGCCAAACCAGAAUGAAAGUGUCACUCUUCAUACCGGCCAUGGCCAAAUUGACAGCAACCUUAUGUCUCAAUCCUCAUGUUCUUAUCAACAAUUUUGAUCAAUCUUGCAGCCCCUUGGAUGGGGUUUCGCCAUGUCGACAAGAGUUUCCUUUUAAAAUGGUUUUUUUUCUUGGGUCACAAGUCAGUUUACUAGCUAUAAGUGAGAUUAGACUUCUUUAAUGGUUCUUCUCCGAAGCUAUGACUAACUUGUUUUGGUUACAAAAACUGAUAUAUGCUCUGGAGAUAGUCUUAUGUAUAAAACUUCAUGAGUUCCUCAUAAGUUAAAACCAAUGUCUAAUUAAUGGCAUAUCUCUCAAAUGUUAUUAGGGGAGAUAUGGAUUCUACAUGUCACGAGUUAGUAUGUAAAACAAAACAACAUGUAGUCCAAUAUGCAAACAACAUGUUAAAGAAAAGUUAGUUGUAUAAUUGAUAUACAAAUGUUUUGUAGACUGGCUGUAACCAUCAUGAUUUGUGAGAAAAUUAUUGACAUAUUUAAUUUAAUUUAACCAAGAUUAACAAUGAUUCUGAAAACUUGAAAUUAUUUAGAUAAGUUUGAUAAACUUUAAAUUUUAGAUAAAUUAAUAAUUAAAUAAGUUUAUACCAGGAUCCAGCGAAUUAAGAUUUAGAAAAAUCAAUUAAAUAUUUUUUAUUUUUUAAUUUUUUAACAUGGUCCUUUCGGUUUAUAUGAUGAAAUCAAGAUUUGAGUUUUAGGGUUCUUUAGGGAAACUGCAUCUUUUUUUUCCGUCGUUUCCACAUCGGAACCACGUUUCGAGGCCACUGAAGAGCCUUCGAGAUCAAUAACGAUGGAAAUAAGAAACGGAAACAAAGAUAAAUCCGAAAGCUCGUCUCUUUCCUCAAAGAAAGCAAUGCAAGAAUCGAAAGAGGACCCUUGUGAGAUAUGUGGAAGUGUGGGCAUUGCUGGUUUGAUGAUGAUAUGUUUCAAGUGCAGACAUACACGCGAGCAUACUUAUUGCGCAAGGGUGGUACUAUCACCUGUCCGUGACAUUUGGCUAUGUGAAGCGUGCCGGUUACCAUCUCGCGUAUUGUUCAUAUCGCAUGAGGAUCUAAUGGAUUCAGAAACCGCUGUUGCUGAUCCAAAGAACACUAGCAACUCAAGAGUAGAUGAUCGUGGAACUGCUAAACUAAGAGCUAAUGAUAUGGAAGAAGUUGUAGAUACCCAUGAGGCAUCAACAAGAGUGAUGCAUCUACCUUCACAACCACAUACACGUCCACUAGCUAAAGAAACUUUGUCAUCUCAAAACAAGGAGCAGCACCAACCAACUCAGUCCUUUCCUAAAAAACGCAGGACGAUUCGGGUGAUGGGCAAACACCUUUCACAGUCACAUGAUGGGACUCAGAUCUCUCCUCUGGAUCAAUCUUUAACAGGAGUGCGUGCCUCACCAAAGUGAAAACCAAGAACGCCUCAGCUGAUGGGUACAGAAGCAAGGAUUAGUACAUAUAGGUCGCAUCUUGUGUGUAUAUAUAUUUUUCCAUUUGAUUGUGAUACAGUAGUUUUUUAUUCUUGGAUCACAAGUUACUCUUAAGAGUGAGAUUGCACUUCUUUGGUUAUCAAUUUGAGCCGCACUCAAACGUA